AUGGAAGCCUCCGGCUUCCUCUCCGGCGGCGAUGCCGCCGGCGCGUCCGCCGUUCCCACCACCACCACCACCACGGUGCUCGAGGUGCCCGCGACCAUCGAGGAAAACGCGGCGGCCGACCUCUCGUCCAUGCCCGCGGUUGGCGCCUUCAACCCGUCGCCCUUCCAGAGCGUCGAGAACUUCGUGACUUUCGCCACCGACGAGGCAGAGGUUGAAAUCGAGCAGGAGGGCAACGUCGCGACGUUCGCGUCCGCCUCCGUGCCCGCGACGCCUCGCGUCUCCGUCACGUGGGCGGCGACCGAGGUCGAGUCGAUCGACGCGGUUACCGACGCGGUUACCGAGUACGUGCCCCCGUCCGAGGUUCCCUCCGUCGUCGAGGUCACCCUCACGCUCCCGCCGGUCGUCCCCGAGGACGAGUACAUCGUCAGGGUCCCCGGCAAGUGCCUGCCCGCCGGCGAGUGCAUCGGACCCCUCCCCGAGUUCACCGCGCGCGAGCGCAUCAGGCACAAGGUGCUCCUCGCGGGCCUCUGCGCCACCCGCGCGCGGCAGCAAGCCGUCGGCGCGUUGAUGCGCCACAGGCUCUGCCCCUCCGUCGUCAAAAACGGCGUCGCUAACCUGCGUGGGUGCGUGUGCACCAACCAGACCUGCGGCGAUUACUUCAGGCUCGAGAACGAGGCUGCCGAGCUCCUCAUGCUCGAGGAGGCGCAGCGAACGCUUCGAGGCGUGGACCCGGCGCGAUGGGCGGCAAAGUACACGGGCCCUGGCCAGUGCCCCUGGCCGGUGAAGGACGACGAGACCGAGGCGGCGAUGCGCAAGCUCGGCCUCGCGCCCUCGCCAACCUGCAGCGUCCGCCUCAUCUGUUCCUACGAGGAGCACCUGCGUUUGGUCCGCAUGGCCAUCGUCGGCGCCAAGUCGCACCUGAACAUCAUGUCGUGCUACUUUUUCGCCAACGAGGCGCCCUUCGUCAACGUCGUCAAGCACCUGCUGCCGGACGCGGCGAAGCGGGGCGUGCGCGUCAGGCUCCUCCUCGACGCGCUUCCCGCGCAGUCCGCGCUGGUCAAGGCCAAACUCUGGGGCCCCGUGACCAAGUACGCGCAGGGCGCCAAACAGCGACUGCAGUUUCUCGACUUUUACACCGGGACGCUGCCCGAGGCGGUCAAGUCGUGCCCUCCGGGUUCCUUCCGCGUCGCGUUCUUCAAGGCGACGGACAAGACCAACGGUCACGCGAUCAAGUCCCACAUGAAGAUGUUCGGCGUCGACGGCCGCCUGGCCAUCGUCGGCGGCUCCAACAUGCUCCCCACCGCGCCCACCGGCAACAACGACUGCGACUGCCUCGUCGACGGGGAAGCCGCCGAGGCUCUCGACGCCAACUUUGCCAAGGUUUGGUUGGAGCAGACGGGCGAGGACGUGUCCGUCACUCCCGCGCACGAGGAGGAGGCGGCGGCGCAGGCGGCUGCCGCGGCGCUCGCGCGCGCCGCCGCGGCGGGGCACAGCACCCCGAUCACCCCCGCCGAGGAGAGGGUGCUCGAACAGAUUGGCGACGCUCCCGCCGCCGCGGUUCCAACUUUGGACGAGCGCCACCCGCUGGAGGAGACUUUGGCGUUCCAAUGGCACGAGCGCAACGUGCGUUUCGUGGACGUCAUGUCCCGCCCGGGGUCCCAGGGCGAGGACGCCAUCCUCCGCGGCGUCAUCGGCCUCAUCGACUCGGCGAAAGAGGAGUUUCUCAUGUGCAUGGGCUUUGCGGCGCUUCACGUCCCGCUCGUCAACGCUUUGGCUCGCGCCACCCGCCGCGGCGUCCGCGUCCGACUCCUCCUCAACUCCCACUUCUCCUGCGACCUGAGGCCGCCGAUGACGGACCUCAUCGCGGGCGCGAGGGCGCUCCUCGUGGCGGCCCCAGACGCGGAGGUGUACCUCACCGGUCCGCGCGAGGAGUGGGACGUUCGGGACGAGGAGGCGCGAGGCGAGUGCGAGGCUUUCGAGCCCAAGUACGCGACGGGCGGGUGCGGCGAUCCGGAGACGGCGCCGUACAAGCACCCGUUCACGUUCGUGCACGCCAAGUACUGCGUGGCGGACCGCAAGAGGGUGAGCUUGGGGAGCUGGAACGCGUGGGCGCGCAGCGCGUUCCACGAGGCUGAGAUGAACCUGUUCCUCGAGAGCGAGGAGCUCGGGGAGGUGAUGGCGGAGAAGUGGCUCAAGGCUUGCAGGCUUCACGCGGCGAGGGUGAAGGAUGCGACGAAGCUGGCGCCCGGGGGUGGGAUCUUCGCGCCGCGCGGUUGCAAGCUGUGCACGCCGUUCGGUGGGUUCGUGGGUGACGCGGUGGAGCGCGCGAUGAACGGGUCGCUGCCGCUUGAGGAGGAGAAGCUGACGGCGGCGUCAGCUUGA